AAGUUAAGAAACAAAAAUAAUUGUAACCCAUUUCCACUUUUGCACCAACGGAUAAGAAUAUUGUGACCCAGCCAUUGAAUGUGGAAGACAGAGCUGAAAGGAUUCAGCUUCAUCCAUAAUCAACUCUUGUGUCACAUUCUCAGGGCACUAAAGCGACCUGCAUGAUUCCACAAAAGUUUGGCACACAUAACAAAGUGGAACCCUGGUACCUAGAGAUAUGCAUUAUUUUCCCUCAACCCAGAUGCCUUUAACAAAUGUACAAAGAGCAAAAAACAAAGUGGACCAGAACCCUGACAUCUCUCAUGUUCAUUAUAUAUUCACCAUUACCAAUAGAAUCAGCAUCAGAUCAGAGACUGAAAGCUAUUCCUCAAUACUAUACUAUCAGUUUUCUCCAAUCAUAUGGACAAGAUGUUCUAUGCAUUUGCUGUUCUGUUCUUCCUAGCCCUAGAAAUGGGUUUUAAAUCAGCAACAGAAGGAGUGGAGUUUGAUUACAGUGGUGCAAGGGGACCUUCUCACUGGGGGGAUCUGAAGGAAGAGUGGAAGACCUGUGGUCAUGGAAGACAUCAAUCUCCGAUUGAUAUAGUGGAGAGAAAUGUAGAGAUAUAUCCCAAUCUGGGACAGUUACACAAGAGCUACAAGGCAGCCAAUGCAUCCCUCAAGAACAGAGGCCAUGACAUCAUGGUGAGAUGGGCAGAAGGUGCAGGCACCAUACAUGUAGAUGGAACUAACUUUACUCUAUUACAAUGUCACUGGCAUUCUCCGGCUGAGCACACCAUCCAUGGCAGAAGGUAUCCUUUGGAAAUACAUCUGGUGCACCAGACAGAUGAUAACAGAACAGUGGUUAUUGGAAUUUUAUACGAAUAUGGAAGGCAAGAUCCCUUCCUUUCUGAGUUGAUGGAUCAAAUCUCAGCUCUUAGUCACCACAUGGAAGCAGGAGCAGAGGAGACACUGGGAAUCAUUGAUCCCAAACAUAUAAAGCUGGGGAGCAGAAAAUACUACAGAUACACAGGCUCUCUAACAACUCCUCCAUGUACUGAAGGAGUCAUCUGGAUCAUUGUAGAUAAGGUGAGGACUGUAUCGAGGGAUCAAGUAAGAAAAUUAGCAAUGGCGGUGCACGAUGGUUUAGGAAAGAACUCAAGACCAACCCAACUGGAAAAUGGACGAGUUGUGGAAUUGUAUACCCCACGGCACGGCAUUUCAAAACAUAUAUGAGCUUACCCUUGCAAUUGUUGGGGGCUUGUGCUCUUUUGUGUCUCUUCUUACAAAUACAAGAUUAAUAUUGUGAUUAA